ACCAGAGAUGCCAGAUUUGCAGACAAGUCUGCAAAUUCGCAGACUUUUAAUUUAAGCUGCAGAUUUUUUCGAUGACGCAGAUAUUUGCAGAUUUUUUAGUUUGGUUGCAGAUAUUUGCAGAUUUUUUAGUUUGGUUGCAGAUAUUUACAGAUUUUUGAAUAUAAAGGCUUUUGGUUACACUAGCUUUCCUGACAAUUUUUGUUCUUCCCAGACUUUUAAAAUUAUUAUUGCAGACAUUUGAAAAAAGUACCUGGCAUCUCUGAUUGAAACAGAACCUGACACUCAAACACGAACGGAAAAUUUAGCCACAUGUUUUUGUUUACAGUUUUACCGAGUUUCAGAAACGCAGCAGAUUACAUGCGGUACCAUUAUUACUGCUAAAUUUAGGCUUGUUUUUCUAUCAAUAUAUCAUAAAAUACUGCUAUAGUAAUGGGCAAAAAGGAUAAAAACAAGAAAAAGGGAAAAGGCGCAGAGAAAACUGCCAUGAAAACGGAUAAAAAGCUUGCAAAUCGACAGAAAAAGUUGAUCACAAAACUCGGUGAGGACGACAUAGAAAACAUUGUGGCCAAGUACGAGUCGAAGGAAACCAAAUCGUCAGAUUUAAUCGAAUCUGUGUGUGCUCCUCCAACAGCUCGCGUUAACUUCUCGAUCGUCUCUCAUCCUGACAAGGAAGAACUAUUUAUCCAUGGUGGUGAGUUUUUUAACGGUCAGAAAACAGUGGUCUACGGAGAAUUUUUUAGCUACAAUAUAGCGAAGAAUGAGUGGAAACAGCUUAAAUCUUCGACAUGCCCUGCACCCCGAAGCGGUCAUCAGAUGAUAUCCGUCAGUACAGAUGGUGGUCAGAUUUGGUUGUUUGGAGGAGAAUUUGCAUCACCAACGCAACUGCAAUUCUAUCACUUCAAGGACAUGUGGGUGUAUCGGAUCGGGAAAAAACAGUGGGAAAAAAUUAAUGCCGCAAAUGGUCCCAGUGCCCGAAGCGGUCAUCGGAUGGUCGUUACGAAAAAAACCAUUUUUGUCUUUGGUGGCUUCCACGAUAACAAUAAUUCAUACAGAUACUUCAACGAUCUGUAUGCAUUUUCUCUUGAAACUUACACGUGGAAUAAGGUUGAUGUAGUUGGAACUGGACCAGCGCCGCGGUCUGGAUGCUGCAUGAUUGCCAAUUCUGAUGGUAAAAUUCUUAUAUGGGGUGGGUACUCGAAAGCAUCAGUUAAAAAGGAGAUCGACCGAGGAGUUACUCAUGCGGAUAUGUUCUCUCUGACGUUUGAUAAAAGUAAUACAAAAUCAUAUAAAUGGACCAAUAUCAAACCGGGUGGUAAGAAACCUCCACCUCGAAGUGGAAUGAGUGCAGCAGUUGCAGCGAAUGGCAAAGUUUACACUUUUGGCGGCGUCAUGGAUACUGAGGAAGAUGAAGAAGAUGUCCGCGGUAUGUUCAGCAACGAGGUUCAUACACUUGAUCCGGCAUCACACACGUGGAGAAAGCUGGACAUCUCUUUGAAAAAAGCCCAUAAGAAGCAAGAUACUGAAAUGCUUGAAACUAAACCCGCAGAAGAAAAAACUCUCGUUUUCGAUGAUGGUGUGUUUACGAUGUCUGUCGGAGGAUCUUCCAAAAUUACUUCUGAUACUAGGAAUAAACCCGAAUUGACUGAGCUACCGGGACCUUCUCCGAGAAUGAACGCAGGCAUUGUUGUUUGCAAAAGUACUUUGUUUAUCUACGGUGGUCUUUACGAAUAUGGAAGCCGGCAGUAUACGCUGAGUGAUUUUUAUUCGUUAGAUCUCCAUAAGUUAGAUCAAUGGAAAACUUUAAUUGCAAAUAGUCUCACGGAAUGGCUUGGUUCUGAUAGCGAAGACAGUUCAUCGAACGAAGAAACCGACGACGACGAUGAAGAAGAUUCUGAUGACGAUGAUAGCGAUUCAAAUGAGGACGAUAGCUCAGAAAUGGAUACUGAAUAACAACAAUUGCUACCUGAGGCUUUAAGACAUUUCUCUAAAACUAUCUGAUGCACAGUUCUGUCACCGAGCUGACAUACAGAGAAUGUUUCCAAUGAGCGUAGGAAAAAAAACUGUCAUUUUGAAAUGCCAUCAGCAAGCAGCAACUUGCUACUAGCUGGAGCUACGAUCGACUAGCGAUGGUGCUUUUCAAAGUAUUUUCGUUUAAAAAUAUCUGUGGUUUUGUUAUUUUAUAAAUAAAUCCUAUCAUCCUAUUAUAAAUAAAUCCUAUUCAAAUCAUUUCACGCAAACUACUUAGGGGUUUAAGACAGCUGAAGUCUUAUGUACAACUUACAGCCAACCUAAACUUUUGAACAAGCUCUGAUGGAAAAGUUAUUUUCGAUUUGUUUACCUCCACCUAGGGUAACGAGGGUAUUUUGGACCACCACCAUAUUUUGGACCAUUUGACUUUAUUUUGUAC